AUGAAGGCAGACCUUGCCAAGCAGGCCGACAAGAUGCUGCGAACCCCCAAGUGCUCGCGGUGCCGGAACCAUGGCUUCCUGGUGCCGGUCAAGGGCCACGCGGGCAAUUGCCGCUGGAAGCAGUGCACCUGCGAGAAAUGCUCUCUGAUCACCGAGCGCCAGAAGAUCAUGGCGGCGCAAAAAGUGCUCAAGAAGCAGACCUCCGAGGAGGAGAAGGAGGUGGCCCUGUGUGCGCAGGGGCCCCAGCUGGCCUCCGGGGCCGCAGCCGCCUUCCCGGGCUCGAGCUUCUGCCCACUGCCUCUGCCUGCUGGUUCCGGAUACGCGCAGCUGGGCCCCGAGGGCCGCGCGGCCGCCCGCUUCCUUGAGAGACCCCCGCGGGGCCCGAGCCCUGGCCCGAGCGCCUUCCAGCCAGUUCUGGGCGGCCGCGGCCGCGGCCACGGCCACGUGGGGCCGAGUGAAGGAGCCGCCGCGGCCAUGCCCAGUGCUCUGGGGCCCCAGCUUGGGGCGGAGGCCGCAGGCCGCGGCUGCCCCGGCCGCCUGAAGCUGCGCGGGCCGCUGCGGGCUGUGCCCAGCCCGCCGUUCGCCGACUUCGGGUUCCCUCUGAGCAUCAACUCAGAUUGUGUGGUAGGGUCUGAGUACCUGGAGAGAGAGCCUUCCAAGCUGUAUCCCAGCUGCUCCAGCAUGCACCCCUACUGCCCGUUCCCGCUGGGCUACCAGGAUGCAUCCCCGACCCCGGGCAUCCCCCUGCAGCAGGGCUUCCGGCAUGUGUCGUGCAGCCACUACCAUGGAGGAGACUUGGUGGCAGAGCCAGUGGGAGACUUGCAGCCUGGGUACUGCCCGCCGCCGCCGCCACCACCACCGCAGCCCCUGUUCCUCCCGCCUGGCUACCUCUCGGCGCUCCACUUCCUCCCGCCGCCGCCGCCCCCGCCACCUCCACCGUCGUUCUCGCUGACCAUCCUGUCUGACACGGAGAAGGAGAACACUGAUGACCAGGAUGCGGAUGGGCCGAGUGAGCCCAGCCAGCCUUCGUCCCAGGAACAGUCUGACUAGACCCAGGCCCUAGGCCAGCAGAGAGGGGCC